UUAAAUUAUAGACGGAACCAUUGCUUGCUUAGAAAAUAUCGAAUUAAAAUGAAAAUAUCUUCAAAUUUUUCUUACAAACAAAAUGCGGUUGUUGAAAUUUGUUUGUAAAAAUGUGAAGGGAGUGAUGAAAGAUGUCAUGAAUAACAUUUCUUGAAAUGUUAGGGUGAAAUUCGUGGAAAAUUUUAAAAUUUUUAAGAGAACGGAGGAAAGUCUACACAUAAUGGUAUCAAAACCGAAGAGGUCAAAGAUGACGAAGUUCUACUCUUCUCGCAGCUGGACCAGUUUCGACCGAACGUUUCUAAUUCAUUUUCAACCCUCCAAGAGAGUUCCGACGACAGCGCUUCAUUGGUGUUUCCUGAAACGUUCAAUACCUCUGAUUUUGGGGGACUUUUGAACGAUAAUGGUUUCACCAAUACUUUUUGUAAGCCCGAAGCGGCAAAAAUGUUCUGCAAACCGGAGAGCAUAAAAAUGGAAAGUAAUCCUCAUUUCGUGAAAUAUAAAGUUUUGGAUGGGAAGCACGUGAAAAUUUGGUCCUGUGGCAUAUGUGGAAAGGAAUUUGGUCAUCAGUAUACCUUAAUGAGGCAUUUACCUACUCAUACAGACGAGAGGAAAUUUCAAUGCAACACAUGCGGAAAAGCUUUCCGUCAAAUGUCCACUCUAUCCCAACACCGUGCCAUCCACUCCGCCGAACGGCCAUUCAUCUGUGGCGUCUGCCAAAAGACCUUUAAUCGCGUAUCCACCCUGAUUUCCCACAGAAAAACCCACACCGGACUGAAACCGCACAGGUGUCAUUUAUGCAACAAGGCUUUCCACCAGAAGGGUAACUUGAGAAACCACAUCUUCACCCAUACGAACGAGAGGCCUUACAAAUGUGACAUUUGCGAGAAGGGGUUCAAUCAGAUGUCGAACUUGAUGUGUCACAAGCUGAAGGCACACCAACGCGCCGACAAGCCGAAAUACGUCUGCAGAAUAUGCGGCCUGGACUUCCCGAAGCGCAUCGGACUGCGCAAUCACGAGCAGCAUCAGCACGGCCUCAAUCAGAAUUUCUUCAACGCGCCCAGCCCGUCCCAGCCGGAAAAGAUGAAGUAUUCGAACGCCAUCAUCGUGGAUCCCAUCAAGACGGACGCCAUGAGAUUGGCCAUGCAGUCGAACCAGACGCCGUUCGCGCUGCUGAGACCGCUGACCGGGAUACCGGUACUCGUGAGGGUCCUUCCCGCGGGCGACAAGCAGAUGCUGAUACCGGCCACGGCCGACGACCUGAAGAAGCACGGUCAGAUCUCCAUCAUACCGAAGGUGAAUCCGGACGCCGAGUCUCUGAACGCUGACAUUGGCGACAAGGAGAAUGGCAAGCCAGGAACGAGCAGUUUUGGAAGCACCGUGCAAAUAAAAAUUCCCGUUGUCGCUACCGUCAUUCAGCAGAGUGGCAGGGAUGGUCUUUCGAUGUCCAUCGUGAGUCCAGGACCAAAUGGGGAGGUUGUGAACAAGCAAGAAUGUACCAGUACGGAAAAUAACAGUUUUGUUUUCACUUCAACAUUGACCGCUUCGCAAAUUCCUCAAGAAACCGUCGAUAUCACAAACAACAAGAACUGUCAGAACAUUUACGAUUCCGCUCAGUUGGUUGAGAACGCCGAGAUAGAAUUUUUGGAUCAGACCGGCAACAUGAUGACAGAGGAACAGUUUAGGAACGACUAUCAGCUGAUACCGAAUGCUUUGUAUCAGAACAAUGGGAUCGAACUGUCUCCUCACUGUAUACAGACUAGAAGCGAUGACAAUUUCAGCUCUGAGACCUGUAUUGCGAUGAGGGCUCUGGAAGAUAUUCAUUCCAACGUCGAUGACGAUUCUCCCCACUUUCUGAUGCCGUGGAACUUCUGAUGUCGACUAAGUUGGUUUUUAAGGGUUAUUGUAAUCUGAUUUGAAUUCGUACUUUCAGUAAUGUUAUUCAAUCAUCAUUUUAUUGCGUAUCUGAAGUUGUUUCACUCAGUGCUGUUUUUCAUUAUGACUAAGAUAAUAAUAAGGUUGUAAAACUAAAUGUAUUGUCAUGAAUAAAUCAUUGUGAGGAA